UAACACUGAUCACACUGUUAUUGCCUGAAAAAUCGUAAAAUCACGAAAACCUACAAGUGCGGGGCAACUAAGGAAGCUGUAACAUUUACGCCAACCCCUACGCUAUACUUCAUACGCCGUUAAAUUAACGCACACUCCGCGCCCUCGCUAAAAGCUAGGUACACCGUUCGAAGUCUCGGUAUAUGAGGAAAAAUACAGCCCACUGAAGGAACGCCCGACCGCCAAAGGAAGCGCCGCCCACGCCGUCAGCAUUAGCCAGAAACCUAGCUACCGCAACUGCCCUUGACUGCAUCGAGUUCCAGCCAGCGCUACAAACACCUCAAAAUGGACGUGUUCCUCAUGAUCCGAAGACAAAAGACGACCAUUUUCACGGACGCCAAAGAGAACACAACAGUCGGCGAACUGAAGCGGAUGAUCGAAGGUAUAGUCAAGGUGCAGCCGGUAGACCAGCGGUUAUACAAUCAAGACAACGACGUCAUGGAUGAUGAGAGUACGCUUCAGGAUUAUGGCGUCACUGUGUCCACUGCCAAGGCGCAGGCUCCGGCGCAGUUGGGCUUGACAUUCAGAAACGAGUUGGGCGACUUCGAGACGCUGGACAUGACACCUUACUCUGCACCCCCAGACUUACCUGAAGUGAUGAAAAACCAAGAGGCCUCGAACGGACAGGAACAAGUUGCAUAAAUCAGCAGUCAGUCAGUCAAUAAGUCAUCAAACCACGGAUAAAAACAGCAAACACAUCAUCAAAAGCAGCAACAUUAACAGGCUACAAUGUGUAGCGAACGAGACAAACUAAAUCCACAAAACCCGAGACUCAAAAAUACUGUCGCUCGCUGGAUUCCCGAAAAAACGAACUGAAAGUAAAAUUAUAAAACCCAACGGAACAGAAGAACGAUAUCCGCUAUCGACGUGCAAUGCAACGUGUUUCAAAAUCUAAUACCAUUUUUAUUCCUUUUCUGGUCAAAAGCAAAACGAAAAAUAAUUGCAGAAUCAAUAGCUUAAUAUGCAUUUUUUUAUUCUUUAUAGCAAAGAACAAUUCACUAAGCCUCUAAUGCAUAAUUAUACUUUGGAACGGGAUUUAUAUUAUUCGGCUUUAACUUUACCCACACAAUUGUUUUCUUUUUUAUGGAAUUUAUACGAAUUUGUUGAAAAAAUACACAGUCAUAAAAAGAAUUAUGUGAAAUGAUUGAACGUGCUAAAA